UAGGAUAACAUUGCAAAAGGCCAUUAGCAAGAUAGAUACCUCUUUUAACAAUCUCUCUAAACCUUCUUGUUUAUGUUUGUCUGUUGUAUAAUGCCAGGUAUUUAAUCAUUAUGAUGAUGGCAUUAUAUUUCAAAAUACAGCGAUUUCAAAGCCGUGUCUGAACUGAGGAAUCCUUUCUGGGUGAGGCCCCUUGUUACAGGUGUAAUAUACCUUGACUUUUUUGCAUAUGCAGCAGGUCUCUUAGUCCCACCAACAGCAGGUUCUUUGUGCAUAAGAAUCUAAACAAUUUAGCUUUCUUUAGCUUUUUGCCCUUCCUUCAAUUUAAAACUAAUCAGAAAUGGUUCUAACAUUUGUUUAACCCUGUUGCUGAUUUUGAGCUAAUUUAUUGCAUUACAUGAUUAUUUAUCUAUUAUUUAUUAGCCUGUCAGCCUCUCUUGCAAUAGACGGGGACAGUGUGUAACUGUUACACAGCCACUCUAAAGGAAUGGGAAAGCUGGGAAUAGAGAGGAUGCUUUCCAAGUUGCCUAAAUUCUGGUGAUAGUCUGACCUAAAAAAUCUAAAGGCUUCUGCCACUGCAUUUGGAUGAAUAAUGGAUGGUGAUUUGGAUGUGCAAAGUAAACAAUAUUCAGGAAGAACAGCUAAUUAAAAGGUUUCUAGUACAUAGGAAUCAACCUCUCCCUUGGCCUUUUCCUAGACUUUUAUUGAUUUCUAGACUUCAAUUGAUUAAAUGAAAUACAUAAAUACCAGUUUAUGUACAACUCUUUUUUUAUUCAUAAAUAAGUCAGUAUUCUGCAACAAUCAACUUCUUAACAACAACAACAAAAAAAUGCAACAGUGAAAGGUCAGGAAGGUUUUUUAGAACCUUGUAGCUUUUAAGAAAUAGCCUGAAAUUUAUUUUAUACCCUGUGUUCACUUAUCCUUGAACUUUACCAUUUCUGUUCCUUCAAAUAUGAAUAUAUCUGGUUCUGGGAGAACAAGUUGUAUUGCACAAGAUCUCUAAAAACAUGAAUGGAUGGAUCAAAUAAAUCUAAAGGUCUCUACUGGGCAUAAUAUUCUGUGGCUAACAUGAAACAGUUAAUCAUCAUAAUCUCUUUUUAAAGUAUGCUUGAUGAAGCUUUUCAGUUAGGGAGGUAUUUCUUGUUACAAAUUCAGAGACUAUUUUUCAAUUACAGUACUGCAGAAAGAGGAGGAUUUCAGUUUCUAUAAUAACUGUUCUUUACUGACAACUAAACAAUGAAAGGCCUCAAAAGGUUUGACACUUGAUUAGAUCUACACUGUGAAGUGCAGCAGGCAAAAAAAAUGGUAAUUAAGGGCCUGAUCAAGUAAAUCACUGAGGUAUGUCUUUAACCUUAAGCACAUGAGCCAUCAAAUUAAUUAAAAGGGAACAUAGAUACUCAUGUUUGUAACAAAUCCACCUUUGGAUCAAUAUUUCUGUCAAUUGUUAACAUGAGCCUUUUUUAUCAAAUAAAAGAUGUGCUGUAUUGCAACAUCCAUUAACCCGCAGAGUUUAACUUUUUAAACUUGAAAAUAUGUAUAUUGCAACUAUAACUACCUCUUAAUACAUUAUUUUGGCAUUGCUGUUUGUUAGCAUCAGGAGUUUAACAGUAUCUAAAAAUGCCUUAUGAAGGUCUCUGGUACAGAUAAUGCCUUACAAGCUGUGAUUGCUUGCUUUUGUAGCCUAUACCUAACCUACCUGCAAAAGCAGCUUUGUUCUUAAGCUCAUCACAAAAUUAACCAGCAUUCUGUAUCUGAAAACCUUUCCAAAGUAAAUGCAAGUUCUUUUACUUAUUAAUUUUAAUUUUAUUAUUAUUUCUUUCUUAUUAAGUCUUGUCCAGGUUAAAGACAGUUACCAUUUUGCCCGUGUUUGAGUAAAGCAGGGUAGAGUUCCUGGGGGAAUCCCAUGACUAAUUAUUCUCCAUCUGGGAAUGGACUGUUAAUGCCUAUUCUUCAAUCAGUUUUUAGUCCACUAUGGGAGCUGUUAGUCACCUCUCCAGGAACUAAUUUUGGAGCGAGACCGUUUCAAAUACUACACAGAUCCUGUGUUAUCUGUGUGCCCACCAACACCAGUGUUCACCUCUGGCAGGGUGGCAAUGCAGGAUUUCCUGUGGGUUGAGACAGGCUAAGGUUAUGAAGAGAUGUAAAAUGUUCAGAUUGAGAACCGGCUUCCUCAAGUAAGUAAGACAGUACUUAUUUGGAUUGGUCUAUUUAUUGUGUUUGAAAGAUUUCAUUUGGAAAGUAUAUUGUUAUUAUAGACCAGUUCUAAAAUUAACUAAAAUUGCAGAAGCAUACUGAGCUUACUCUUAACCAAAAAAAGAUCAGGAAAAAAUCUGUUAAAAACUGAGUAUCCAGCAGAAAGAUUUCUACAGUUAAUGGACCGUAUUUCAGACAGAAGUGACUGAUACUGGUUUAAAACCUUGCUUCAAAUGAAAGUUGUGUAAAUGGGUUAGACCCAGAAGACUGGUAAGGCAGAGAGAAAAGAGUCAGACUGUGUAGUUGGAGUAUUUCUGGAGCAUGAUAGGGUUUGGCUUUUUUUUUUUUUUUUUCUUCUUGAUUUAACAAGUUGAAAAUCUGCUGAAUAAUUCAUGAAGAGUGGAAGGGCUGAAUCUUCCUGGAAUGAUAUACACUGUACGUACUGUGGCACAGGAGAAACUGCAAAGCUUUGUAUCAGUUGCUGCCGUUUCUGCUGCUGAUUGCAAGGUGCUGCUGCUUUUGCUGUUUUCACAGCUACAGAAACCUCAGUCGUGCUCUGGUCUGCCAACAGCCAUUUGCCUCCCUAUGGACCCACCUUCACCAGCUACAAUCAGUGGACUCUCUUGCUGCCUACCUGCCUUGGACACUGCUGGUUUUUGGAUCCUUACUGCAAACAGCAUUUUCUGGACCUUACAGCUUGCAUGACUGAAACCUGCCUUAGAGUCCUUCAGCUGCACAGCCUGCCGUGUGCUUGGUGAGGACUCCGGCAGCAGAACUUCUGACCCAGACAAGGAUGGGAUUUACAGGGCAAAGUCAAAACUGAGCUGCAUUCAGCGAGAUGCCCAACGCCUCUUCCUGGAGUGCUAGCUCGCCUCUGCUGCUGCUCUGGGAGGACUCCUCCGGGACCCGCAUCUUUCUGUCCUUGCUCUACGCAGUCUUAGCUAUCUCAGGGACUUUAUCCAAUGUGAUGGUCAUCUAUUUAGUCUUCUCCUUCAAGAAGCUGCAGACAACCAGCAAUGCCUUCAUCGUGAACGGCUGCGCGGCAGACCUCAGCGUGUGCGCCCUGUGGAUGCCCCAGGAGGCUGUGCUGGGGCUGCUGCCCCCCAAUUCCUCCUCCCUUCGCUCGGCAGAGUACCGGCUGCUCCGAGGGGGGCUCCUGGGCCUCGGCCUCACCGUCUCCCUGGCCUCGCACCUGCUGGUGGCUUUCAACAGGUACGUGCUCAUCACCAAGCUGCCCAGCGUGUACCAGGCCCUCUACCAGCGGAGACACACGGGCUGCAUGAUCGGGCUCUCCUGGGCCCUCGCCCUGCUCCCGGUCCCGCUGCUGCCCGGGCUCUGGACCCUGGGCUCAGCCCAGUCGGACGGCAGCUCUCGCUACACCGCCCUGCUCCUCGCCCUGGCCGUGCUGGGCCAGACAGCGCUGCUGCUCCACUGCUACCUCGGCAUCGUGCGGCGGGUGCGGGGCAGCGCCAAGCGGGUCAGCGUCCUCAACUUCCACCUGCUGCACCAGCUGCCCUUCCCCGCCGCGCCGCCGCCGCCUCGCCGCGCCCAGCGUCGCCUCAGCAGCGUCUCCGUCCUGCUGCUCUGCUGCGUGUUCCUGCUGGGCACCCAGCCCCUGGUCUGGGUGAGCCUCCUGGGCUUCUUCCUGCGCCCGGCGCCGCCGGCGCUGCAGGCCGCCAGCUGGCUGCUGCUCUGCUCGCUCUCGGCCCUCAACCCGCUGCUUUACACGUGGCGCAGCGAGGAGUUCCGCCGGGCGGCCCGCUCUGUCCUGCCCCGCGGCGAGGGCCCGGCCGCCGCCCCGCGCCCCGCGGCCGCCGCCGCGGGCCCCACCGGUGCCCCGCCCUGCCCGCAGCUGCCGCGGCGCCGGGGCACGGGGAGCGGCGCCAGCGCCGCGGCCGCGCCGCGCUGA